AUGGCGGCCGCCGCAGGUAGAUCGCUCCUGCUGCUCCUCUCCUCCCGGAGCGGCGGCGGCGGCGGCGGCUGCGGAGGCGCCGGAGGCUGCGGGGCGUUGACUGCCGGCUGCUUCCCGGGGCUAGGCGUCAGCCGUCACCGGCAGCAACAGCACCACCGGACGGUACACCAGAGGCUUGCCCCCUGGCAGAGCUUGGGAGUCGUUUAUUGCAGUACAGUUGUGCCCUCUGAUGAUGUGACAGUGGUUUAUCAAAAUGGGUUACCUGUGAUAUCUGUGAGGCUACCAUCCCGGCGUGAACGCUGCCAGUUCACACUGAAACCUAUCUCCGACUCUGUUGGUGUGUUUUUACGACAGCUGCAAGAGGAGGACCGGGGAAUUGAUAGAGUUGCCAUCUAUUCACCAGAUGGUGUUCGAGUUGCUGCCUCUACAGGAAUAGACCUCCUUCUCCUUGAUGACUUUAAGCUGGUCAUUAAUGAUUUAACAUAUCAUGUACGGCCACCAAAAAGAGACCUCUUAAGCCAUGAAAACGCAGCCACCCUGAACGACGUGAAGACCCUGGUGCAGCAGCUCUACACCACCCUGUGCAUCGAGCAGCACCAGCUCAACAAGGAGAGGGAGCUGAUCGAGAGGCUCGAGGGCCUCAAGCAGCAGCUGGCCCCCCUGGAGAAGGUACGAAUUGAAAUCAGCAGGAAGGCUGAGAAGAGGACCACACUGGUGCUGUGGGGCGGCCUGGCCUACAUGGCCACACAGUUUGGGGUGCUGGCCCGGCUCACGUGGUGGGAAUACUCCUGGGACAUCAUGGAGCCGGUCACCUACUUCAUUACAUAUGGAAGCGCCAUGGCCAUGUACGCGUAUUUUGUAAUGACGCGCCAGGAAUAUGUUUAUCCAGAAGCCAGAGACAGACAAUACUUAUUAUUUUUCCAUAAAGGAGCCAAAAAGUCACGUUUUGACCUAGAGAAAUACAAUCAACUCAAGGAUGCAAUUGCUCAGGCAGAAAUGGACCUUAAGAGGCUGAGAGACCCAUUACAAGUACAUCUGCCCCUCCGACAAAUUGGUGAAAAAGAUUGAUCCAAGGAAAGCCUGUGAAUCCCGGCAGAAAGAACCUGUUUCUAACUUUUGCCUUUUUAAUUAAAGCAUUGCAGGUGAAAGCUGGGAGCCAUGUGGGGUAGAGGGUUUUUACCUUUCAUUAUAAAACAAAAACAAAAGGGAUCUUAGAGAAGAAAGGAGCGCUACACUGGGAGGAUCAGGCAUUGGAACACAAGCUUUGGCAAUACUGUCUUAAUCAAGCGUCUCGGUUUCUGACCGACAGUGAUGCAGUUCCGCAGUUGACAGAUUCGUAGACAUGCUGCUGGGGUGUUGGUUUCCUGCAGCUUCUUUGCAGGGUCAGCAAAACAGUAACACACCAGCACCCCACUCAGCUCUAAUUUUUUUUUAAUUUAAAGUUUCUUGUUUUUUGACAUAGGAGUAAAUAAACACACCAGAAGAGCAAAUCCUUUUAUGUGGGUAGCAAACAGAGUCUGAGCCCAAACCAUUAGCGUUUAAUUUAAGUUGGACCCAGCCUCUGAAGCUCUCCAUCAUGGACUCCUUUUCUGACCGCCUACCUACAUCUAUGGUUACACUGAUUUUAUCCAAAUGAUAAUUGAAAGCAAGUUAUGACUGUUUGAUGAUCAAUACUUGGGUUAUCCUGUAAUACCUUCUGAAAUGUCUGUAUACUCCAGUGCCCUGAAUCAGUAUCUAGAAAUCAUUGGCAAUAUUGCAUGAGGUUUUUCUCUUUCAUUUUGUUUUGUUUUGUUUUGUUUUGUUUUUUUACUAAUUAGUCUUUCAGAGGAGGAAAGCUUUCUCUACUCCUUGUACCUACCCCAUUUGAUAAUCCCCUGUCCCUCCACAACACAGACAUGAGGACACAUGUUCACCUAGCUAUGUUACCAAAUCAGGAAAAUGUAAGGUUUACAAAUUGGCUAAAAAAUCACGGCCCUGUAGCCAUUUCAGAACCAGAAUAAUCUCAUUGCUACUUACCUGCUUGUGUGAGGACAGCGUUCCAGGCCACCCACGUGGCACUGCAGUGUCUGGAAGCUUUGCUACUCUCAAAGGGUAAUCGAGAGACGCACACUUCACUUCCACACCAUUGUGAGCCCUCCCGCCCCUACCACUCCAGAGGCUGUAAAUCAAAGGUGUGGGUCUCAAAGGGUGCAAUCUCUCUGUAUACACGAGUACGUUUCUGUGGCUUCCUUUAACCUACCUUCUCCACCCUAUUUUUUCUUACCUUAAAUUAAGAGAAAGAAGAAUUAAUCUUACACUCUACACAGUGUCUUCUACCAUAUUUCCAGAUGACAUCUGCACUCAAAGAGUCACAGGACUCUGGGUCACUGGCCUGUCUUAAGUGUCCCAGGGGCUGGAUGGCAAGGGUGAUGGGAAACUUGCCACACACCUGAUGGGCUCUUUUCUUUCACACGACUCACCCCUCCUCAUGUGGCAAGGGGUUUCUCUUUCAUCCCCCUUUGGGAUCAUUGUCUAUGAAAGAAAACGUUUCAGUGACAAACCCAGACUCCAGGUGCCUAGGAGAAGCUGACGGCCACACAGGACUGCUGCUCCCGCCACCACCCUCCGUGGCAUGACCGGACGGAAGGACGCAUGUCUCCACUUCCCAGCCCACCUCCUACUUCCUCCUGCCCUCCAACCUCUUCCUCAUUUCUUUUUGUUGUGUAGAUUAUUUUUAAACCAUCUAUCCUGUUUGUGUGCAGGGUCUUGAAGAAACAGCACAGUGCAAUGAGCAAAUCUUUUGGGGGGGGCGGGGUGUGGGAAGCAAGGGAGGGAGGACAUGGAGAAAAGUCCUAACAAAUAGCAAAAUAUUGACCACGUGUACAAUCCUGUAUCAUUUAUGAAAUAUGUAUAAAAGCAAUGUACCUUCUGGAACAAUAAAUACUAUUCAAUUUUUGAA